ACGAUAACUACCGUUGUCCCUGGUGGAACGACACUCGGAUAAACAAAUAUUAAAAAGUUAUAAUCCAUACUUGUUUUUGUUUUGUUUUCAGAUAAAAAAACAGUAAAAUUUUUACAGAGUUAAAAAAACUAAGAAGAGUUCAUUGAAAUAUGAAUGCGUGCUGUUAUUGUUUCUGUGCUACUUAAGAUGGUUCAAGCUGGCGGAAAUGGCGACGAGAAACGAAAUGAUAUCAGAGAGUUGACUAAGGCAAUCCAAGAGUCAGCCACACAAAGGGAUCAACUUCCAAUGGUGGAAGUACCUUUGUUCGAUGGCAACAACGCCUCUGGUUGGGCUGAAAAGUUCGAGCAGCUAGCAAGUUGUCGAGAAUGGACUGACAAAGAGAUGUUGCAGAAAGUAAAGCGAUAUUGCAAAAUAAAAUAUAAAGAGGAGUUAAUAGCCAUGGUAAAUGAAUCACGAGAUUGGGUUGAAUUCAAGGAAAAGUUGUUGGACAAGUAUCAGCUGGGAGAUCAAUUGUUGGACUUAGCCGACCUUCGAAAAGUUGUGAGACGAAAGUUUGGAUCGAUUAAGCAAUUCCUAACCGAAUUUGAGCGAGUUGACGAGUUGAUACAUGAUUUGCCAGAUAAGGACAAAUGUUUUAUCUUCCCGGACAACUUUUCAGAGGUCGAGCAGAGAGAAUUGAUGAAAGACAUGCAGGGGCGAUAUGAUUGGCCAAAGAUGAAAACAAAUCUCUUGGCAGGGAGUUUCGACCAAAUGCUUUACCGGCUGCUGAAGCAGUGUAAGGCGGAUUGUGAGAAGGAUGAUAUCGAGAAAGACAAGGAUCGCAAAUGCCAUCUCCCUCAAAACAGUGAGGGAGAGGUAUUGAGAGCGAACGAUGCCGAUCUGAGCAAUAGACGGGGUGCUAUUCACAGUUCGGGGGGAGUUAAUGAGGAUAAUGAUGAUACUAGUGAUGAUGUUAAUGAUGAUGAUGACAAUAAUGGUGAUAUAACUGGGGAAGGCUAUAAUGACGGUGAUAACAAAUUGUUGGAAUCCUUGGAAUCACCCGAAAACGGUGAUGGUGAUGAUGAUGAUGAUGACCAUAAUGGACCUCAAAACGGUGCUGGUGAUCAUGAUGACAAUGACGAGGAUGACGAUGAGGAUAAUUGGGAUGUGAGUCAUUGGAAUCACAGGACUGGGCAUGAAGAAAGAGAAGAUGCAAACGCAGGUCUGGGAG